AUGGCACAAGCAUAUGCAGACAAAUUGGCUGAAAUUGAUGGUUUAAAUGCUAAACACAGUAGUGGUAAGGUAGUUUGGAAGGGUUCAACACGUUUGGAUGUUGUCAGAGCAGUAUCGCCGACCAAUCAAUUUUUUGUUGUUGCACAACACAUGCCAGGAGGAAAUAUGGAUCAUGAAUAUGCGAAUAAUGUUCAACGAGAGUGUUAA